AUGAUGCUCAUCCGUGGGGCUAUCCUUGCUUGCCUUGCGGCUCUGCCACUGGCUUUGGCUGAGUCGUCGCCUGCCUCUUCUUUGUCUGCUUUGCCUGCGUGUGCUCAAACAUGUUUUAAAACCGCUAUCGCCAGCUCGACAUGCGAACCUACGGACGCCAAGUGCUUAUGCACAAACGCAGCACUCCAACAUGACAUCGAACUCUGCGUCGGCAUGUCUUGUACUGUCCGAGAAGCUCUGGGGACCAAGAACGCUACCAUGACCUCAUGCGGUGCCCCCAUCCGAAGCCAUAGAACCGAGUUCGUCGUGUCAAACGAUGUGAUGGGAAUCAUCACCGGUAUAUUUGUGUUCCAACGAUUCGCUACAAAGUUAUUCUGGAAGCUACCCCUGGGCCUCGACGACCUGUUUAUCCUCGUGACUAUGUGCUUCGCCAUCCCCUCCAUCACACUCAACUCUCACGGUCUGGCCCCCAACGGCAUGGGAAGGGAUAUCUGGACUUUGACAGCGAGCCAAAUCACCCGCUUCGGAAUGUUCUUCUUCGUCAUGGCCAUCCUAUACUUCUCCAUCCAGACAUUUCUCAAGCUCUCGAUGCUCUGCUUCUACCUGCGCAUCUUCCCGACCAAGGGCGUGCGACGACUUCUUUGGGGAACCGUAGCCUUUACCGUUCUUUUCGGCUUGGUCUUUAUCUUUGUUGCCAUCUUCCAGUGCAAGCCGAUCAACCACUUCUGGACCAAGUGGGAUGGCGAGCAUGCUGGUACUUGCGCCGACGUCAACGCCAUUACCGUUUCCAGCGCUGCUAUCAACAUUGCUCUCGACUUUUGGAUCAUGGGCAUUCCAUUGUCCCAGCUCAAGCAGAUGAACCUUGACUGGAGAAAGAAGAUUGGCGUUGGAAUGAUGUUCAGCGUCGGCAUCUUUGUCACUAUCAUGAGCAUCCUACGACUGAGCGCUGUAGUCCAAGCCGGCGCCGGCCACUCCACCAACGUCACAUGGGAAUAUGUAGUGAUAUCCAAGUGGUCCACCAUCGAAAUCAACGUCGGCAUCAUAUGCGCCUGCAUGCCCUCUCUGCGCAUCCUCCUCGUGCGCCUCUUCCCCAAGCUGCUUGGCACAUCACAGCGCUACUACAACUACGGCAGCAACAAGAUCACCGGUGGAAACACAAACAGAAGCCGUACCCAACCUCUUGGUACAAAUGCCACGUCGCAAGUGGACAGGUCAAAGCGGCAAAGAACCGAUCCUGCGGGGAUCCAGAUUGACCGUUCGUAUGAGGUGGAAUACGGCGAGACUGAUGAAACGUAUCUGGUGCAUAUGAAGGACUUGGACCACAAGACUGCCAAUUCAGAAGUUAGGUCCGAGGUUUCAGUCUGA